AUGUUUGAUGGUUAUUGUAGGUAAAUAAUGUAACCCAAGCGUGUUGUGUAUAAUAAGUCAGAUUUAGAUUGUGGUUAUCCAAGAUAAGAUUUCUAAUUGGAAGGAUUAUAAUGUUCUCUAUAUAAAUGCAAUAAAUAUACACAAUAAUGUAUAUUAUAUUUGCAUGGUUAUAAUGGAUCAAGAUUAGAGGGUGUUUAAUAUGUUCCAUAUGUAUGCAAAGGAGAUUUUGAUUUUUGUUCAUUUGAUUUUUAGGGAGCUGGAUAAUCAGAGGGAGAAUAUGUAACUUUUGGGUAAUAAGUUAUUUUGAUGAAGUUUAAAAGAGGUUGAGAAUACAGCAUUAGUCAUAAAAUAUUUAAAAUAGAAAUAUUUUCAUAUAAUAUUAUGGGGAAGAUCAAUGGGAGCAUCUACAGCCUUGAUGUAUACUCAAAAUAAUACAAAUAUAAAAUGUUUAAUUUUGGAUAGUCCAUUUUUGAUUUUGGAAGAUGUAGUAUUAAAUUUAAUAAAAUUAAAACUUCAUACUCCAGAUAUAAUAAAUAAAGGAUUGUAUGAAUUGAUAAGAAGUAUAAAAUAUCUGAAUUAUAGGAUGCAUUGCUAAAUUGUUCCAUUUUUAAAUAAAUAAAGUCUAGUUACCUUUAAAUUUAAAUAUUACUUGUCCAAUGUUAUUGUUAGCAUCGAAACAAGACAAUUUAAUUCCUUAAUAUCAUUUUGAUACAAUAUUCAAAGGAUAUCUUGGAAAUAAGAGAAUGGUUACAUUAUAAAGUAAUCAUAAUGAAUAAAGAUCAACUGAAAUAAUAAGAACUAUUAUGACAUUUAUUUAAUCGAUGACACCUCAAAGUCGAUUCAGUCCAACUAAGUAUCCUGAACGUCUUUUAGGAGACAUAGAUGAAUAAAAAUAUAUUGCCACUGGAAUUAAAAUCAAAUAGAAAAUUAUGAGAAAUUAAUCAACUUCUACUCAUAAUAAAAAUUCAGCUAAAAUUUAGAAAGAUAAAGCUUUGAUUUAAUUGUCAAAUCUAAAAUGA